UGGUCUUCGUCUCAGCACCCUCCUCCUCCCCCGCCUCCCGCCCUCGGCUCCUCCGCCAUCUCCCAAGUUUCCGUCCCUCUGAUCUACAUCGUUAAGCAAGAUUUAUGUUGCAAUGCAGGUUUCUAAGACUUCAGUUAUGGCAAUCAAGGCCUAUCAAUAUAAAGCAGAAGUUCUGGUUAAGGAUUACUUACUAGCGGAUCCAUUUGUCCACUAUACAUCUGUGUUUGGUGGCAUUUUCAUGUGCAAAAUGGUAUAUGAUCUUACUCAGCUGAUCAGUUCCUAUUAUUUCAAAGGAUAUGCUUCCCUUACCAAGAUCCAAAGAAUUGAGUGGAACAACCGGGGUAUGUCUAGUGUUCAUGCCAUUUUCAUAGCAGCCAUGUCAUUGUACCUAGUGUUCUUUUCAGAUCUCUUCUCUGAUGAUCUUGCCAACGGACCUAUAACAUAUAGAAAUUCUCAGCUCUCUUCUUUUACCUUGGGGGUUUCUGUUGGGUAUUUCUUCACAGACCUUGUGAUGAUAUUUUGGCUGUAUCCUUGCCUUGGUGGGAUGGAAUAUGUUCUCCAUCAUGCAUUAUCAGCAUGUGCAAUAAUCUAUGCGAUGUUAUCUGGAGAAGGACAGAUAUACACAUACAUGGUCCUUAUUUCUGAGGCAACCACCCCAGGGGUCAAUUUACGAUGGUUUCUUGAUACUGCAGGAAUGAAAAGGUCCACAGCAUACCUUGUUAAUGGGGUCGUCGUGUUCUUCGCAUGGUUGGUUGCUAGAAUUCUUCUAUUCAUAUACCUGUUUUACCAUGUUCACACACACUAUGAUCAGAUCGAGCAAAUGCACACAGCAGGUUACUUGCUGGUGUUCAUAGUACCAGCAAGUUUGGGAGUAAUGAACUUGAUGUGGUUCAUGAAGAUUUUGAAAGGACUCCUAAAAACAUUAGCUAAAAGGCAGUGACAAUACCUUAAAAGUUCCUCCACAACCCACCAUUUCUGUAUCUUUGAUGUUUUUUUUUACUUUCUGUAUAGUCACCGGAAUGAAUUCUGAUAGAAUUUUUUUUUCUUAAUGUGAUUCUUCUGUUUAUGUACAUGAACACAAUGCAUAUGAGAUUGAAGUGUAAUCUUCCUACUGUUGUGAAUCAAAACACCAUUUCUUU